UAGAGCAUCCUCUAUAUCUCAAACUUUCUUUUACGGCCAUCAAUAGGGCAAGUUCUGUACGUGUUACUCCACUCUAAAAUUUAUCAUUCUAAAUUCGAGGGGGAUUAGUUUUAUAAAAAAAUAUAAAAUCUGCGUUUUAUCUUGUAUGUUUUGAUGUUGACAAAAAUGCCACUUUAAUCCGACACUAUUCUCCAAACCACCACUCCCUUCAGACCUAUAAAGCUUCUCAAACUCCUCCACAAACUUCAAACACGAAACACAAAAUGGCGCCAAAACGAAAACCUUCGUCUCCAAUCUCCAUAGGCAACUGCGAGGUCACCGUCGAUGCCAGCCGCUUCACCUGCAACUCCGAUUCAAACGGUCUCUCAAUCUCUCUCCCCCGAAGCGGAAAGAUCAAAGUAUCAGUGGCACAAGAUGCUGCCGAGAACCAGAGAAAUGAUUCUGAGGGUUUCAGGUCCGAAGGUAAAGAACACGAGUUCGUGCUCGUUAAUCCUAAAGAUGGUGAUGGUAUAGGCAAAUCCUACCUUCAGGAAGUAUUGCAGAUGUACAUGACAGAGCUACCUGGAAUGAAUUAUGCUGCGAAUACCGGAAAGCAAUCGAAGUUUCUUGAGAGAUGUGUGACUAAUGGGAAAUAUCGGACCCUACUUCUGAAGUUCAGUUCUGUUGGAAAUUCAGGAAAGGUUAUAGCUGCAAUUACAUUUCAAAUCAUCCCUGCAGAUACAGAAUAUGCAGAGAUCCCGCUUGCAGCUGUUAGUGCAAUCUAUCAACGGAAGGGUUUUGGUCACCUAUUGUUUCUAGAGCUAUUGAAGAGACUUCAAGAUGUUGGCAUUCGCACUAUUUUCUGUUGGGGAGACAAAGAAUCUGAAGGAUUUUGGCUAAAACAGGGUUUUCUAUCAAUAGCACAGGUGGAUGCUAAAGGAAGAGCUCGGAGAUUACCUGUAAAAGCUGAUAUUCGCAAAUCAUUAUGCUUUCCUGGUGGUUCGACUCUCAUGGUUUGCCACCUAAGGAAGGAUCUCUUAGCUGCUGAUACUAACCCUGUGAAGUGUCUCCCCUCACAGCUUAAUCAGAAUUCCUUUACACCUGCAACUGUUGAGAAUGAACGGAUUGAAUUUUCAAGGGAAUUACUCACUGAUUUGAAAUUUUCAAAACGGUCUUCCCGUAAAAUACAAACUGAUCAAAAUCAAGAUGAAGCUUUAGUGAAAGAUGGAUCUUCAAGAGAAUAUGGUUUUGACAGUUGCAACCGUCAGAACUGCUGCAGCAGUGACAUUGUUCCUUUUUCCAGGGAAAAGGAUGAUAGGCAAACCACUUGUGCAGAUUGUUCACAGGAUGGACUUGAUGCUGGUUUAAAAUAUUGUUCUCAGUCUACAAAAGGUGCUAAGAGGGCCUGGGAAGCCUCUUCAUCCUCGUUGAAGUCAAAAAGAGUGAAGGGAAGCCAGCUGGUUGACUUCCAACCAGAUUCUGCCUGGGGUUUUGUCUCAGAGGCUGAUGGGGCUACUCCUUGCUUUGUGGAAGACUCUCAUCUUGAUUCUAUGAUUUCAAAAAAUUCUGAAAAGUAUACUGGGGAUGAUAUGCAUUUAGAAGCUCCCAAAGACAUAGAACCGCCACCAACGAAACAAUGCUUUAGAAUCAUGUUGAUGAAUAUCGCUGACGAUGCUAAGAAAACACAGCUUACAAAGGUGAUUGAAGGCCUUGGUGGAACUAUUUCCUAUGAUGGAAGCAUAACCACACAUGUUGUCACAGGAGCCGUGAGAAAAACUCUGAAUUUCUGUACAGCCCUCUGUUCAGGUGCUUGGGUGGUCUCUUCAAGUUGGUUGAAACAAAGUUUUCGUGAAGGCAGAUUUGUUGAUGAAUUGCCUCACAUACUGAAUGAUAAGGAUUAUCGGCUGAAGUACAAAUUUGAUUUAGAAAGUGCUGUUUUCCGAGCAAAAGCUAGGCCCCAUGCUUUGUUUAAGGGGUAUUAUAUAUGUAUUACAGCUCAUAUUCAAUCUGCUACUAAAACACUGUCUGCUAUUGUCAGAUCUGCUGGUGGUAAUGUUAUUAACGGGCUUGAAAAAGUGAAUGAUGCAUCAACAACAAUCUUUGUGGCAUGCGAAGAAGAUAUAGAAGAAGCAAUGAUGGCUGCAAAGAAAGGUAUACGUACUUUCAGUAGUGAAUGGUUUAUGAACUGUGUCAUGAGACAAGAGCUUGACUUGGAGGCCCCUCAAUUUGCAGAGUCCUUAUAAGGAUGUUAACAUUUCCAUUGAUAAAUGAUUUGGUAUAUAACAAUUUCUAUCUUUUUUUUGACUAUUUGGUAUUUCUUUAUAAGUAUGAGUAGUUUUUCUAGAAAAAGAGCAGGUUAACAAAUCUGUUCUCUGCAACGAGUAUGACAUACAAGACUGCAUCUGAAAUAAGGUUUCAAAAGAUACCGUAAUAAGGCAUGUAUUGCGAUGAUUUUUAAGGUUUUGCAUUACGUUCGGGUUGGGAAUUACUUGCAAAGGUGACACUGCACAAUUUGCCAAUAUAUACACAACUAAUGCACAUACUUGAAUGGAUGUUGAAUGGCAUUGAACGAGCUUUAGAGUGUGGAAUGUAAAUGCGAACAUG